AUGGCGGAGCACCUGGGGCCGACGGCCGGCGAACGCCGCCCCCCGGCCGCGGCCAGACCAUCGGCGGGGAUGCGGCGCGGCAACCGCGGCGUGCCGCCAGACAUGGAUCCUUCCCAUGGGCUGGGCGAGGAGGGGUCGAUCGAUCAAGCCCUCCUGGAGCCCUGCCGGUCGAUCGAGAUCGGCAUGGCGGGGAUGCAGUCUUCCGAGGAGGUGGGGACCGACAGCGAGUCGGAUAGCGGGGAGUCGGGGAUGCAGAGGACCGGGAUGGCGGGCAGCGGGGAGGGGAGGAGGGAGAGGCGGAUUUUGGCCAACAGAAGAUCGGCACAGAGGUCGCGGACGAGGAGGAUGCAGUACAUCCACGAGGUGGAGCGCAAGGUGGAAGAGCUGCGCGCAAAGUCUGAGGCCAUGUCGGCCGCCCUCUUGCAGCUGCGCCGCCACCACUCAGACCUUAGUCAUCGCAAGGCAGACUUGCAGGGCAGGGUUGCAUCGCUGAUGGCCAGUUCGCAACAGCGGGAGGCCGCCUGCUGGGAGCUGAGGUGCGAGGUCAGCCGACUGAGGUCCCAGGUGACAGGAACGCCAGUGGGGGGCGCCACAGAUCAGGAGCAAGGUGACAGGCCGGGGGCAGAGGGUAGGGGUCAGGGCAUGCUGCAGGUGCCGCUCGGCGAGUCCACCCCCCCAGGCGCGACUGUGGCGCGGGACCCUGCUCUGCUGCCUGGGGCACCUGCCCCUGGACCAGUUCACGGAUCAGCAAACAGUUCUGCCACAGGGCAUGAUCCGCUGCGUGGGCCGACACUGUCCAUCAUGGACAGCCGGCGGGAUGCCUACAUGGAUGCCCUCACUGCCCAGGCGGCUGCACUGCAGUCCCACAAUGUGGACCUUGCCAACAGCCUCCUGCAAAGUGAGCAAAGAAGUCAACAAAGUCAACUCUGGCAUGGACAAGGUCAGCAGAUGCACGGCCACAUACACCAGCCCUUUCGGGACAUCGAGGACUCCUAUUUUUUGGACCGGCCUCUGGGCGACGAUGGCGUGAUUGACCUAUUAGGGGAGGUCUUAGGUCAGGAGCCCGCAGGCCUGUGCGACCUGUGGCCCACUUGGCCGGACCCCGGGGCCCGGGGGCUGGGCCACCAGUACUUUGUGGCCGAGGUGGCAGAUGGGCUGGCAGCUGAUGUGGAGCUCAUGGGCAGCGUGGGGGCGCAGCAGGGGCAGGGUGCAAUUGGGGUGUGA